AUGGUCUCCUUUAAGGGCUGCCGUGACGUCACUUCUAAUCAAAAAACGAAAAAAAAAUUAGUCUGGAUUAAUCAAGGGUUGCCACGACCCGAUUUCCUUACGGACAUAACAAAAGACAAAUCCGGUCUAGUAGGUGCAUGGCCUCCUUUAACCCAACUGACUUUUCCCUUCAAGGUUGAAAUGUCCGCCGAGACGGAACUGUCGAUGCAAUCGGGGCUGCAGCCGACGGUGCUGCUGCCCCCCGAUUUGACCGCCCUGAGUCUUAUAGGGCAUCGCCCCCCCGCCCAGGGACCCCAUCUGGGACAUCCGCCCCCGGCGCACGCCGUGCAACAACAAAACGCAGGUACUUCGGGUGCCCCCAUAGGCCCGACAACGACGGCGGUCGCCCUGCCGGGGACCACGACGGGGGCGACCGCGGGCCCCCUGACCACGGUGUCGCCGCCCGCGGAGCCGCCCGUGUUCCAAUGCCCGCGCCGCCCCAAUUUGGGACGCGAGGGCCGCCCCAUCGGCCUGAAAGCCAACCACUUUCAGAUCGGGAUGCCGCGCGGGUUCGUCCAUCAUUACGACGUCAACAUACAGCCGGACAAGUGUCCUAGAAAAGUCAAUCGGGAAAUUAUCGAGACGAUGGUGAAAUCAUACACGAAAAUCUUCACGAACCUGAAGCCGGUUUUCGAUGGGCGUAACAAUUUGUACACCAGGGACCCGUUGCCCAUCGGAAACUCGAGGGAGGAACUGGAGGUGACCCUCCCGGGGGAGGGCAAAGAUCGACUGUUUCGCGUCAGCAUCAAAUGGGUGGCCCAGGUGUCCCUCUACGGGCUCGAGGAGGCCCUGGAGGGACGCACCCGUCAAAUACCGUACGAGGCCAUCUUGGCCUUGGACGUGGUCAUGCGGCAUCUGCCCUCGAUGAGUUACACCCCGGUGGGCAGGAGUUUUUUUAGUAGCCCCGAGGGGUACUAUCAUCCCUUAGGUGGUGGCCGAGAGGUAUGGUUCGGUUUCCAUCAGUCUGUGAGACCUAGCCAAUGGAAAAUGAUGCUCAAUAUAGACGUGAGCGCCACUGCCUUCUAUAAAGCGCAGCCUGUGAUAGAAUUCAUGUGCGAAGUGCUCGACAUCAGGGACAUUAACGAGCAACGGAAACCGUUGACCGACAGUCAAAGGGUGAAGUUCACCAAAGAGAUCAAAGGGUUAAAAAUUGAAAUAACGCAUUGCGGCGCCAUGAGACGGAAGUACCGGGUCUGUAACGUAACCAGGCGACCCGCCCAGAUGCAAUCGUUCCCCCUGCAGCUGGAAAACGGACAGACCGUCGAGUGUACCGUCGCCAAAUACUUCCUGGACAAGUACAAAAUGAAGUUGAGAUAUCCGCAUUUGCCUUGUUUACAGGUGGGCCAAGAGCACAAACACACCUACUUGCCCUUGGAGGUCUGUAACAUCGUGGCGGGACAACGGUGCAUCAAAAAACUGACGGACAUGCAAACCUCCACCAUGAUCAAAGCUACCGCAAGAUCGGCACCGGACAGAGAACGGGAGAUAAACAACCUGGUGCGCAGGGCGGACUUUAAUAACGACGAGUACGUGCAAGAGUUCGGUCUGACCAUCUCCACCUCGAUGAUGGAGGUGCGGGGGCGGGUUCUGCCCGCCCCUAAGCUCCAGUACGGCGGCAGGGUGGCAUCCCUUAGCGGACAGGUGGGCUGGACAAGUAAGCAGCAGGCCUGUCCCAACCAGGGGGUGUGGGACAUGAGAGGGAAACAGUUCUUCACCGGGGUGGAGAUCCGGGUGUGGGCGAUCGCUUGUUUCGCCCCCCAAAGGACCGUACGCGAGGACGCCUUAAGGAACUUCACGCAGCAACUUCAAAAGAUCUCCAACGACGCGGGGAUGCCCAUCAUAGGGCAGCCGUGCUUCUGUAAAUACGCCACCGGACCGGAUCAGGUGGAACCGAUGUUCCGGUACCUGAAAACCACGUUCCAGGCGUUGCAACUGGUCGUGGUCGUAUUGCCUGGGAAAACUCCGGUUUAUGCCGAAGUGAAACGCGUGGGAGACACGGUACUCGGCAUGGCGACGCAAUGCGUCCAAGCGAAAAACGUGAACAAAACGUCGCCGCAGACCCUCUCGAAUUUAUGUUUGAAGAUCAACGUGAAAUUGGGCGGCAUCAACAGCAUCCUGGUGCCCUCCAUCCGCCCCAAGAUCUUCAACGAGCCGGUGAUUUUCUUGGGGGCGGACGUGACGCAUCCGCCCGCCGGCGACAACAAGAAACCGUCGAUCGCGGCGGUCGUCGGCUCGAUGGACGCCCAUCCGUCACGUUACGCCGCCACCGUCAGGGUGCAGCAGCAUCGUCAAGAAAUUAUCCAGGAAUUAAGUUCCAUGGUCAGGGAACUCCUGUUAAUGUUUUACAAAUCCACGGGCGGUUAUAAACCGGUCAGGAUCAUCCUGUACAGGGACGGAGUGUCCGAGGGACAAUUUUUGCAAUUGUUACAGCACGAAUUGACCGCUAUCAGGGAGGCCUGUAUCAAAUUGGAGGCGGAUUAUAAGCCGGGCAUCACGUUCAUCGUGGUGCAAAAGAGGCAUCACACGCGACUAUUUUGUGCGGAUAAAAAGGAACAGAGCGGUAAGAGCGGGAAUAUUCCCGCGGGAACGACCGUCGACGUGGGAAUCACCCAUCCCACGGAGUUCGACUUUUAUUUGUGCAGUCAUCAGGGGAUACAGGGCACCUCGAGACCGUCCCACUAUCACGUGCUGUGGGACGACUCGCACCUCGACUCGGACGAGUUACAGUGCCUCACCUACCAGUUGUGCCACACGUACGUGAGGUGCACCCGGUCGGUUUCUAUACCGGCCCCCGCCUACUACGCCCAUUUGGUCGCCUUUAGAGCGCGAUACCAUUUGGUAGAAAAGGAACACGACAGGUGGGUCGUUUCCCUUGGGAGACGAAUUUUUUGUCAUUUGUUUCUUUUUUUUUUUUUUAGCGGUGAAGGUUCGCAUCAGUCCGGUUCUUCGGAGGACAGGACUCCGGGGGCUAUGGCGCGUGCCAUCACCGUACACGCGGACACCAAGAAGGUCAUGUAUUUCGCCUAAAAAAAAAAAUAGGCAUAUUAUAUACAUACGAUAUCGUUAUGUAUAUUAUUUGACCGCUAAUCGAAUCGUUUUCUUUUUAGUGUGUAUGUAUAUAAUUAUUAUUGUGUAAUGAUGAUCAUUCCAAAAACAGCCAAAAUGACUCUAAUAACACUGCUAAAUGGGGGCCCAAAAAAAAGGGGCGUGGUUUCCCGGGAAAACAAUCGAAAGUCCUCGAUUAAAAAUGGCCGAAUUACGGUCCUCGUUUAGCGCCAUAUCGCCCGUAUUUAUUAUGAAUAUAUCAGUUUAUUUUAUCGACUCUCACUACUACAAAUUAGGUUUAGGGUUUCCAAUACUGUCCAAUAAAAGUUUAUAUAUAUAUAUUGUAUCCCCCCGACCCUUUUACACCCCACUCCCCCCCGCAAGUCUUUCUACUGUUUUUUUCCUCCCCCCACAAAUUAUCAUUAUCGAGCUUUAAUUUAAUUUUAGUGUUUUAGUACGUUAAGAGUUCGUUUGUUUUUUUUUUUUUACGACCAAAGCUGUCCGGGUGAAAAUCGCUUGACAAUAAGUAACGUGUGAACUCGCCCUUAUUUUUGGAGGGUUUGAUAUUAAUAUGGAAUUAAACCGAUAGAGGCGUGAGAUUUCAUCAACGGAAGACAGCUAUUUAAUUAUUUUUUUUUUUUAGGUUAAGGGUGGACCCGGGGGUGUAUUUUAGGGUGUGAAAUAUAGGGGUUUUCUAGGCGCAAAUUAUUUUUUUUUUUUAAGCUGAGCCGUCCCUGUAAGAGUCUUCAGGAGCGGGUGGAGGGGUCUGUGAAAAAAGUCACUGUGUCUAGAAAAAUUGAUUUUUUUAAAUUUUCUGUGGGUGUAUCGGAAAAUGCUGAAGUACGGGUCUAGUGAAUUGUAUUGGGCCGCCCCUGUACGGAAUUUCAAUAGUGAAACUGGCUUGGCUUAAGAGUUCCAAGCAUUUUGUGAAUUAAAAAAAAAAAAAAAAAAUUCUCCAAAAAAGUAAUUUUUUUUCAACCCCCUGUAGGUUUUUCAAAAAAUGCUGAAAUACGUGUCUAAUGAAUUAUAUCGAGCCGCCCCUGUACGAAAUUUCAACAGUCAAACUGCCUUGGCUUAAGAGUUCCAAGAAUUUGAUAAAAAUCAACCCUUUUCCAAAAAAUCAAUUUUUCUCAACCCCUUGUAGGUUAUUCAAAAAACGCUGUAAUACGUGUCUAAUGAAUUAUAUCGAGCCACCCCUGUACGAAAUUUCAACAGUCAAACUGCCUUGGCUUAAGAGUUCCAAGCAUUUUAUAAAAAUCAACCCUCCUCCAAAAAAUCAAUUUUUCUCAACCCCUUGUAGGUUUUUAAAAAAAUGAUGAAAUACGUGUCUAAUGAAUUAUAUCGAGCCACCCCUGUACGAAAUUUCAACAGUCAAACUGCCUUGGCUUAAGAGUUCCAAGCAUUUUAUAAAAAUCAACCCUCCUCCAAAAAAUCAAUUUUUCUCAACCCCUUGUAGGUUUUUAAAAAAAUGAUGAAAUACGUGUCUAAUGAAUUAUAUCGAGCCACCCCUGUACGAAAUUUCAACAGUCAAACUGCCUUGGCUUAAGAGUUCCAAGAAUUUUAUAAAAAUCAACCCUCUUCCAAAAAAUCAAUUUUUCUCAACCCCUUGUAGGUUUUUCAAAAAAUACUGAAACACGUGUCUAAUGAAUUAUAUCGAGCCACCCCUGUACGAAAUUUCAACAGUCAAACUGCCUUGGCUUAAGAGUUCCAAGCAUCUCGUGAAUUUAAAAAAUAAAACAAAAUUCUGCAAAAAAAACAAUUUUUCUCAACCCCUUGUAGGUUUUUCAAAAAACGCUGAAAUACGUGUCUAAUGAAUUAUAUCGAGCCGCCCCUGUACGAAAUUUCAACAGUCAGACUGCCUUGGCUUAAAAGUUCCAAGCAUUUCGUGAAUUUAAAAAAUAAAAUAAAAGUCUGCAAAAAAAUCAAUUUUUCUCAACCCCUUGUAGGUUUUUCAAAAAACGCUGAAAUAAGUGUCUAAUGAAUUAUAUCGAGCCGCCCCUGUACGAAAUUUCAACAGUCAAACUGCCUUGGCUUAAGAGUUCCAAGCAUCUCGUGAAUUUAAAAAAUAAAAUAAAAGUCUGCAAAAAAAUCAAUUUUUCUCAACCCCUUGUAGGUUUUUCAAAAAACGCUGAAAUACGUCUCUAAUGAAUUUUAUCGAGCCACCCCUGUACGAAAUUUCAACAGUCAAACUGCCUUGGCUUAAGAGUUCCACGCAUUUCGUGAAUUUAAAAAAUAAAAUAAAAUUCUGCAAAAAAAUCAAUUUUUUUCAACCCCUUGUCGGCUUUUCAAAAAACGCUGAAAUACGUGUCUAAUGAAUUACAUCGAGCCGCCCCUGUACGAAAUUUCAACAGUCAAACUGCCUUGGCUUAAGAGUUCCAAGCAUCUCGUGAAUUUAAAAAAUAAAAUAAAAUUCUGCAGAAAAAUCAAUUUUUCUCGACCCCUUGUAGGUUUUUCAAAAAACGCUGAAACACGUGUCUAAUGAAUUAUAUCGAGCCACCCCUGUACGAAAUUUCAACAGUCAAAGUGCCUUGGCUUAAGAGUUCCAAGCAUCUCGUGAAUUUAAAAAAUAAAAUAAAAUUCUGCGAAAAAAUCAAUUUUUCUCAACCCCUUGUAGGUUUUUCAAAAAACGCUGAAAUACGUGUCUAAUGAAUUAUAUCGAGCCACCCCUGUACGAAAUUUCAACAGUCAAACUGCCUUGGCUUAAGAGUUCCAAGCAUUUUAU